GGCAGAGACGCGAUCGCGACUCAGGGACAGUGGCCAUCUCAUUAAUUUGCAGGUACGGGCCACCGACGUGGGUAGGUACGGUAGCACUUGCCUGCUGGGUACAUCCGGUGCCUAUCUGGGUAGGUACAGCAGAAAGUAUCCGCUCACAGUGUCAUCAACACUGUGUCUGCUAGAUAAACAGGUGCACAGGUAGAUACCUACAUGGGUAAUCUGAAGUAAGACAUCCUUUUAUAGGUACAUACAUAAGUUCUACAUAUAUGUACGGAGUAUGUAGGUAUGACGAUUGGCUGCAAGAAAGGUGGGAUUCACAUGUUAUUUGAUGGAAUCGUCACUCUUUGCCAGGUGUCUCAAUCCUAUCAUAGCCUGCUCUUCAUCAGCCGCAGCUGCCUAUAAAUUGAACAUGACAGGGGACACCCUUCAGUACCUAGUCAAAUACAACCCACUCAUUCAGUACAAGUAUGUUCUUUCGCGAGGUCAGUGCACCUGUGAGUGCAUCUACACAUGUACCUGCCCACUGUGCAAGCUUACUCUGAAGACUGUAUGUUCUGGCUGUUUGUGUCUCCACCAGUUUGGUACGUGCUCAGUUACAGAAAGUAAAUAAACAUCGCUCGUAUGAUGAGCUCCAAGGCAGAAUUUAUCUACUGAGUGGUGUAAGCAAGGGACGCGAGGUAUAAUAAGUCUUUUUGUCGACGAUGAUGAGUCUGGAGGCAUUUGUGUUUGAUUCUACCUUUGGGGGACACUAAAGGCUCCUUUUCUGCAUUGAAGAGAGGGCUAGCAAUUCUGACGUCCAUGAUGCAUUUCCUAGUCUUCUUUUGUGUUCUAAAUCCUCAUUUCGAAUAUUCCGUGCUUUCUGUUCAUUUAUUUGAGCCCUAGAUCCUUGGCCAGCUGGCCUUUUGUCGUUGAUGGAUAGAAAUCUUUGUGCUCUUCGAAUGUCUUCACUGCUAGAUCCCUGUCGAGCUCGUUGAGCUUGCGGUACAGCGGUCUGACGUACUUCAUGCGUCCGACAGAACCCAGAAGAUCAACUACUCCCGAGAGCUCAGACUUGUCUCCGGCCUUAAGGGCGAUGAGGUAGUACGCUGUCUUCAACUCGGCAUUCUUUGACGAGCUGAGACUAUAUGUGCUUCCGAGGAGGCGGGAUCGCUCGGCAUUCAAGGGAGGCGAGAAAUUCUGAACAGCCUGUAAGAAGACGAGAAUCUGGUUUGCUGUGAACGAUUCUAAAUCCUUAGGGCUGGGUUGGUAAUCCUAGUCCUUCGUCAGUAUCGCCACAUAACACAGCAUAUCCUAUGCGCAAAGAAACGUUCAGAUAUACUUACCGCUUGCUUCCACUUAUCUGCU